AUGCAAUUUGCGACGAUCACAAAAAUCACAAUCUUAUCGAUACAUUUAUUCAUUACUGAUACUGAGAACAGUGAUGCGUCAUCAUCCAGUUAUGGAUACCGUAUAGAAAAAAGAGCUCGACGACGAGCUUACAAUCAUACAAAAAAUGAUACAAUCAUCUCCGUAGCUGAUUUCUUCAUUGAUGAAGGUGAUAUGAUAGAAUUACUGUACGAUAAUGAUGAUAGUAACACUCAUAAUGCUAACAUAUCAUUGCUACGAUAUCUUAGUCAAGAUGAUGUGCUCGGAUCAACAUUUGAAGCACCAGAAUUUGCAUGUGAUCAAAACGACACCGAGGCAGUGCAAAUUUAUUGUCAUGGAGAUAUUUUACACGUUGUUAUGAUGCUUGGACUUUAUAAAGAUUCUAAAACAUUUGUCGAUAAGCCACUUAAAAAAAAUCCCCAAGAUGUAGUGGCAGAUUUCCGCAAACGUUUCUCAGCAACUAUUACUGAAGAAGACCGUGAACGCGUCAAAGAAUUUAUUGCUGAUAAUUUUGGUGUUGAAGGUGAAGAACUUGAUGAAUGUGAAUUAUCUGACUGGAAAGAAGAACCUGAAGCACUGCUUACCAUUGAAGACAGUGCCUUACGCCAGUUUGCAUUGGAAAUUAAUUAUCUAUGGAGAAACUUAUGCAGAACUGUAAAAAAAGAGGUGAAGAACAACCAACAAAGAUACUCGCUAAUUUACAUUCCAAAUGAAUUCAUUGUGCCGGGUGGACGCUUUCGAGAAUAUUACUACUGGGAUGGUUACUGGAUAAUAAAAGGGCUUCUAAUAUCAGGCAUGCAUACUACAACUCGUCGAAUGAUAGAAAAUUUUGCUUAUCUUAUUGAUAAAUUUGGUUUUAUUCCAAACGGAGGAAGAGUAUAUUAUGCUCGACGGUCGCAACCCCCCUUAUUCAUUCCAAUGGUUUACGAAUACUACGCUGCUACCAAAGAUGAUGAAUUUUUAGCCAAAGUAAUUGAAGCUAUGGAGAAGGAAUUACUUUUUUGGAAAACCAAACGUACAAUUACCAUUAAAAAAAAUGGUCGUAACUAUACAGUGUUUCGAUAUCGAGCUGACAGUAACAUGCCAAGACCUGAGUCAUAUAGAGAAGAUUACGAAACUGCCGAAAACGUGUUACCAUCUCAAAAACGUAGCUUGUGGCGUGAUAUAGCUAGUGCCGCUGAAUCAGGAUGGGAUUUUAGUAGCCGCUGGUUUGCUGAUCGCAAAUCUUUAGAAACUACAGAAACAUCCAGUAUUGCACCAGUAGAUUUGAAUGCUUUCAUGUGCUGGAAUAUGGCUAUAUUGGCACACAUACAUGGACAUCUCGGAAAUGUUACACGUCGCGAACAGCUAAAUGUAGAGAGGCAAGCAUUUGUGGAUACAUUUACUGAUAUUUUCUACGAUAAUAGCGAGAAAGCAUGGUUUGAUGUGAAUCUUCAAACUGGCACAAAAAACUAUGAAGCAUAUCCUUCAAUCGCAGUACCUCUUUUUGCAGAAUGCUAUCGACGUAUGGACAGACGGAUGAUGACAGAUGUGCUGAAUACACUUCAGCGUAACGGGUUACUAAACUACCCUGGCGGUAUUCCUGUCAGCCUUAUGAAAGACACUAAUCAGCAAUGGGACUUUCCGAAUGGAUGGGCUAAUGUGAAUCAUAUGAUUGUUGAAGGAUUACGACGAUCAUAUCAUUACAGAAUGCAACAAAAAGCCUUUGAUAUCGCGCAAAAAUGGGUUAAGCUUAAUUACCACGGUUAUUUGAAAGAUGGUAAAAUGUGGGAAAAAUAUGAUGUGUCAAAACUAUAUACACAGAAAGCUACAGGUGGCGAAUAUGAAAUACAGGAUGGUUUUGGAUGGACAAAUGGGGUCGCUCUUGAUUUGCUAGUCACCUAUGGCAAAAUACUAUCAUUCCAUGAUCAAAUGAAAGAUGGUGCUGAUGGGAGUACUCUACCCACACAAAGCAAUUACCUCGUUUGUUUACUUCUGCUGAUAGUACCACAUCUAUUAUUGACUUCAGCAAUGAUAUAA